ACGAAAGGGUACGAGGGAGGCGAGGCUCCCAACCAAGAUUUUGUGGAUGAGGAGGAUGCGUGUUCUGAGACGUUUGCUCCGAAAGUACAGAGAGGCAAAGAAGAUUGACAAGCACAUGUAUCAUGACAUGUACAUGAAGGUGAAGGGUAAUGUCUUCAAGAACAAGCGUGUUCUGAUGGAGAGUAUCCACAAAUCUAAGGCCGAGAAGGCGAGAGAGAAGACUUUGUCUGACCAGUUUGAGGCCAAGAGGGCAAAGAACAAGGCGAGCCGAGAGAGGAAGAUGGCUAGGCGGGAAGAACGCCUUGCUCAGGGUCCUGGAGGAGGCAAGGCUGCAGCUGCUGCUACUGCUGCUACCCAAACAACAGAGCAAUCAAAGAAGUCGAAGAAGUGAAAUGUUCUCUGAUUUUGUUGCUGUUUCUUUUUGUCGAUUUCGUGUUCCUUGGAUCCCAGUUUAUUUAUAAUAUAAACCUUUUACGUGAAAACGUUUCUGUCUGUGAUACAUCCGCUGUUGCCUUUGUCCGCAUCUGUUGUGGAUCUUGAGCGCCUCUUUGUCCGCAUCAGUUGUAGGUUAUAAGUUGAAGAACCGUCUUCUGGUUUAUAUGAUUUGUUUUAGAGGUGGAUGUUUUGGAUUUUA